GUAGUUGCGCAAAAACUACAAUAUUGGCGCGACCGGCUGAGGAGAUCCACGUGAAGAAGGAAGACGUUUUUUCGCGUGGAUGUCUGAGUGGCAUUUGCCUUUUAUAGUACUAAAAUGGAUGUCAACAAAUUAGUCGAUGUUUUGAGGGCUACACUAGACCCUACUCAACGUGAACAAGCCGAACAACAGCUCAAUGAGGUCCACAAGAUCAUUGGCUUUGCACCGAUCUUGCUUCAAGUGGUCAUGAGUGACCAGUUAGAUAUGCCUGUUAAACAAGCAGGUGCUAUCUACUUAAAGAACAUGAUCAUGCAGUUCUGGCAUGAGAGAGAAGCAGAAUUUCCAGGAGAUCCAGUGCCUUUUAACAUCCAUGAUAAUGAUAAACAACCAAUUAGGGACAACAUUGUGGAAGCUGUCAUUCAUGCUUCAGACCCAAUUAGGGUUCAGCUUGCCAUAUGUGUGAGCAAUAUCAUAAAGCAUGACUUUCCUGGGCGCUGGCCAAAUGUUGCAGAUAAAGUGGCCAUGUAUAUCCAAUCGGACAACCACCAAACUUGGAUGGGAGCUCUGUUGUGUUUAUAUCAACUUAUUAAAACAUAUGAGUACAAGAAGUCUGAUGAGCGUGUCCCGUUGACCCAGGCAAUGCAUGUGUUGUUACCAUUGAUCUACCAAAGAUGUCUGCAACUCCUACCUGAUCAGUCUGAGCUCUCUGUGCUCAUACAAAAGCAAAUUCUGAAAUGUUUUCAUGCACUUAUACAGUACUGCCUUCCUCUAGAUCUUAUCACAAAAGAAGCCUUCACACAGUGGAUGGAGCUGUUUAGACAGAUUGUCGAAAGGUCUGUCCCAGAGGCAACCCUGCAGAUUGACGAGGAAGAAAGGCCAGAACUAGCUUGGUGGAAAUGCAAGAAGUGGGCCUGUCAUAUCAUCACCAGGUUGUUUGAAAGGUAUGGAAGCCCAGGAAAUGUGCAGGCUGAAUAUAACAAGUUUGCAGAGUGGUAUUUAAAGAGUUUCUCAGCUGGUAUUAUCCAGGUGGUGUUAAAAGUAUUAGACCAAUAUAGACAGAAGCAGUAUGUUUCACCAAGGGUCCUGCUGCAUUGCCUCAACUACCUUGAUCAAGGAGUCAGCCAUGCAUUUUCUUGGAAGUUCAUGAAACCACAUAUGCAGACGUUAGUGAGAGAGGUAUUGUUCCCUCUACUAUGCCAUAGUGAUGAAGAUGAAGAAUUAUGGACAACAGAUCCUCAUGAAUACAUCAGAACGAAAUAUGAUGUGUUUGAAGAGUUCCUAUCCCCUAGUACUGCAGCUCAGACACUUCUACACUCUGCUGCAAGCAAGAGAAAAGAGAUCCUGCAGAAGACGAUGGGCUUUUGUAUGCAGAUGCUUUCCACUGGCACUGAGCCAAGACAGAAAGACGGAGUUUUGCACAUUAUUGGAGCACUAGCAGAUGUUCUAUUAAAAAAAAAAAUCUACAAAGACCAGGUUGAGCUGAUGCUGGCCAACCAUGUCUUCCCGGAAUUUGAGAGCCCAUGCGGGUUUUUGCGAGCACGGGCAUGCUGGGUUUUGCACUACUUUUGUGAAGUGAAGUUCAAGGAUGAUGCAAACCUUGCUAGAGGCCUUGAUUUGUGUCGAACCUGCCUGUGCACAGACAAAGAGCUGCCUGUGAGAGUAGAGGCUGCCAUUGCUCUCCAGAUGCUGAUCACCAACCAAGAAAAGGCAGAAGACAUGGUGAAGCCACAUGUGAAACCCAUUAUUUUAGAAUUGCUGAAUGUGAUACGAGAAACAGAGAAUGAUGAUAUGACUAGUGUUAUGCAGAAAAUGGUUUGCACAUUUGUUGAAGAGGUGGCUCCUCUGGCAGUUGAGGUCACUACACACUUGGCUCAAACUUUCCAGCAAGUUGUUGACUCAGACUCAGAUGAGGGCUCAGAUGAGAAGGCUAUUGCUGCCAUGGGCAUUCUCAACACUCUGGAAACCAUUCUUAAUGUGAUGGAAGAGCAAAAAGAAAUUUUAAAUCAGCUGGAGGGAAUUGUUUUAAAUGUAAUAGGAUUAAUAUUCCAGCAAAAUAUGAUUGAAUUUUAUGAAGAAGUUUUAUCUCUUGUGUAUAUGUUGACAUGUACACAAAUCUCACAGCACCUGUGGCAGGUCUUUUAUAUGGUCUAUGAAAUAUUUCAGAAAGAUGGAUUUGAUUACUUCACAGACAUGAUGCCAGCCCUCCACAACUAUGUCACAGUAGAUCCACAAGCUUUCCUUGCAAAUCCCAAGCAUUUAGAGAUCAUCUACAACAUGUGUAAAACUGUAAUGACAGGAGAUGCUGGUGAGGAUGCAGAGUGCCAUGCUGCCAAGCUGCUAGAGGUGAUCCUCCUCCAGUACAAAGGACAAGUUGACCCUGUGGUUCCGUCAUUUGUGGAGUUGGCUCUUGAGAGAUUAACAAGAAAAGUGAGGACCUCGGAAUUGAGAACAAUGUGUCUGCAGGUUGUCAUUGCUGCACUCUAUUACAAUCCUCAGGCCUUGCUAGACAUGCUGGACAAGAUGCGUUUACCAAAUAUCACAGAUUCCAUCACAGCACAGUUUGUGAAACAGUGGUUACACGACUGUGAUUGUUUCCUUGGUCUUCAUGACAGAAAAAUCAGUGUCCUUGGUCUUUGUACGUUAAUGGACACACCCUCUACUCGCCCAGCUGCCAUCAAUGAGAAUGCCUCACAGAUCCUCCCCUCCGCUCUGCUGCUCUUUGCAGGUCUAAAAAGGGCUUACGCAAGUCGAGCAGCAGCUGAAAAUGAAGAGGGUGAUGAUGAAGAUGAAGAAUACGAGGAAGAUGAAUUAGGGAGUGAUGAAGAUGAAAUUGAUGAAGAAGGUGCUGAAUAUUUAGAAAAAUUGGAGAGAUCGGCAAAUGGAGAUGAUGACAGUGAUGACGAAUAUGACGACGAGGCAGAAGAAACUGCAUUAGAAAGUUACAGGACACCUUUAGAUGAUGAUGACUGCACAGUAGAUGAAUAUCAGGUCUUUAAAACUGUACUACAAAGCUUACAAAGCAGGGAUCCCAGCUGGUACAGCUCCCUAACUAGUCAAUUAACACAGGAACAACAACAGGAAUUAAAUGAAGUCUUUACAUAUGCUGAACAGAGGAAGGCUGUCCAGGAUUCAAAGAAGAUAGAGAAGAGUGGUGGGUACGUCUUUGCCAAUGUAUCUGUUCCCACCAACUUUAACUUUGGUUGAGAACUUUUGACAAGAAAAGACAAACGAAAGCAUUCAUGGGGACUUUCUUGCAUCUGGAAAAUCUUAGUUUCUUACUGAGUGGUGUGGCUUUCCAGCAUUGGCUAUGGAAUUUCAGAGUCGAAGAUUGGGCAAGGGUCAUUAUGGCAAGGUUGAACAUAAACAAUUGGGAAUUAUAAUUUUAUCAUCCAAGGAAGAAUAUCAAGCACUUGCCAGUGACAUCUAUUUAAUGUUUUGAGGAUAACAUUUUCAGCCCUUCCCAUUGAUCAUUACAGUUUGUAACAAUCCAUUUAUCGCGAGAAUAUUUUAAUCUUAAGUGAAAAGUAGUUUCAUUCAUCACAGAGACAAAGAUGAAGCUUCCCUCCCUGUAUCAUGAAAUAAUCUUGUGGCUUUUUCGUCACUACAUUUAUUUAUUUUCUAAAGAAUUAAGCCUUUGGCUCCUAGAAUGAAUGAGACUACAGGAAAUGCUUUGUACUGUAAGUGAUUUAUAUACACUAAAUUAAAGCAUGCUGCUGGCACAGUUUCAAAGAUCAUUUUCAUUACCAUUUCAUGAAAGCUCAGUGUGUGGAUUCAAAAGCUUAUUUUAUAUAACAGAAAUUUCUGUGGCAUUAUGGACAGUUUAAGCAGUUCUGUACACUUAUUACAGAACUCAGAGUGCCAACUAAGGAUCUUAUUCUACCAAGUGUGUUAAACAUUUUAAUUGCCCUUCUCUCCAGCCUUUGUUAUUGCAAAAAUAGAAGCAACCAGAACCAGUCUUAUUGUUUCAUAACAUUGUGCAGAUGCUGGUUUUACCCCUUGCAAUAUGGUAGGCAAACACCCGCAUGAAAUUUUGUAAUGCAGUUUCAUAAGUCUCUCCCCUCCCCAUUUUAUUGAAAUUAUUUUGGCAUACACACUAAAAGUCUAUUUUUAAGUCUCUAUGCCAUUUUUUUGUGCCUACAUUCAGCAGUGACAAUAAAUUUCUUUAAGUAAACAA